GAAGAAGAAGAAGAAGAAGAAGAAGAAGAAGCCGCCGAAGGAGAGCAUGGGAUGGGAGCUAUGUGUGGUUAUGUUGGUUACGUGACUAGUAAUUUCAUAAUAAUUUCAUAAGAGGAGAGGUUUAUCUGCUAGACUAAGUCAUGGUGCUGCCGGUUUUAAGACUCGUCUUGUCGUGUCGCUGUCAAACCGCUGCGAGACGUUUACAGCAGAUCCAGAGACAGUGUCUGCUGAGGAGAGGACAGAGCACGCUGAGGACCACAGCAGGACCGGCGUGGGUCAGGACGGCGGCCGGCGAGCGAGUGCUGGGCCGCUGGCUGCUGGGCUGCAGUGGGCUGGUGCUGGGCGCCGUGGUCCUGGGAGGGGUCACCAGAUUGACAGAGUCCGGCCUGUCGAUGGUUGACUGGCACAUAGUGAAAGAGAUGAAGCCGCCGCGGACUGAAGCCGAGUGGGAAGAGGAGUUCUCCAAGUACAAACAGUUCCCAGAGUUCAAAAUCAUGAAUCACGACAUGACUCUGACGGAGUUUAAGUUCAUCUUCUACAUGGAGUGGGGUCACCGCAUGUGGGGGCGGCUGGUUGGGUUAGCGUACAUACUUCCCACGGCCUACUUCUGGAAACGAGGAUACUUCAGCCGCUCCAUGAAGCCUCGUGUUUUGGGUCUGUGCGGCUUUGUCGUCUUCCAGGGUCUUCUGGGAUGGUACAUGGUGAAGAGCGGUCUGGAGGAGAAGAGCGAGUCGUACGACGUUCCCCGUGUCAGUCAGUACAGGCUGGCGGCUCACCUGGGCUCCGCUCUGCUGCUCUACUGCUCCAGUCUCUGGAUGGGACUCACUCUCCUGCUGCCCGCCAACAAGAUGCCUGACAGCAGGAGUUUGCUGCAGUUAAGGAGGUUUGCCAAGGUCACGGGCGGUCUGGUCUUCCUCACGGCUCUCUCUGGCGCCUUCGUUGCUGGACUGGAUGCGGGUUUGGUUUAUAACUCUUUCCCAAAGAUGGGCGAGCGCUGGAUCCCUGAUGAUCUUCUGGCUUUUUCCCCAUCUCUCAAGAACGUGUUUGAAAACCCCACCACGGUUCAGUUUGACCACCGUAUUCUGGGCAUCGGCUCACUGACAGCCAUCUCAGGACUCUACCUGUUCUCUAGACGGGUCCAUCUACCCAGACGAGCGAAGAUCGCCAUUGGCUGUCUCACAGCCAUGGCCUACACACAAGUGGUGUUGGGCAUUAGUACCCUGCUGCUCUAUGUUCCCACCCCGCUGGCAGCCACACAUCAGUCCGGGUCAGUGGCACUGCUCACCUUCGCCAUCUGGGUCUUGGCUGAGCUACGAAAGGUGGUCAAAUAAUGUUUAUUUCCUGCAGUAUAUUUUAAUAAAUCAUGCUUUAGGCAAGCUACAUCUUUUGUGUUUUUUAAAGCAUUGGUUUAUAUGAAGUUCUUUUAGAACUGUAUGUGUGAAAUACAUUGAAGUAUUUUUUUAGUUUUUAAACCUGUUUGAUUUAUGCAAAGAACGUUUUUACUCGAUGACUGCUUAUUUAAAAUCAAUACAGUUAUCAUCUGUGUUUUCUGUUAAUUUUAUGAGGAUAUUCAUCCAGAGUAAGAGUGAAGUCAUUUUCACAUAUUACAAAUAUUAUGGCCUGCUGAAACUACUGAUAAGUAUACUGAAACAAGAAUUGUACUUUUGAUUUGUUGUCAUGAGCAACAUCACACUUAAUUCAUUUAAAUGAUUAUAUUAAAUAAAGUGAUUUCUUUUGAACAGUU